AUGGCGCCACUCAUGUGCGUCGAAUGCGAGGACACGGCGGCUGCCAUGCGCUGUGAAGACUGCGAGGACGUUUACUGCCCAUUAUGCUUUAAAGCACAACAUCGUUCUGGAUCACGAUUGCGGCAUAUCAAAUCCGAUUUUUUAGCAAAGUGUACUGACGCCAUGCGUAAUGUCAACGCCACAUCUUCAUCACAUCUUGAUACUUCGCAGACUUCUUCAGAACCUGGGAGAAAGAACUUGACAUCUUCACCACCUGUAAUUGAUCCUCCGUCAACUACGACUAUAGGAUCGGCUGGUAAAGUUAUUAGCGCGAUAGAGUCCGAAAACAACAGCCACAACGAAGACGACGAGUUGAUGGGUGAGAUUGAUAUUGUUCCGUCAGCACUUAUGAAGGAGGCAUCAUACAUACCGCUGCGUCUGAACGAGGAAGAACGUGCUCUUUUUAAUUUGUUGGAUGCAGCUCUUAACGUGAGCGAAUACACGGACAAGGUGGACGUUUUGUCUUAUCGCUCCCACGUCAAGCGCGUAGUCCAUGAACUGAAUGAGGUUUUUGGAAUCUUGUCCGGUCUCAUGAUUGCCAAUAACUUUCGCAAGGGCCGUCGACUGGUGCAGGGCAAGCAAUUCAAGGAUAACGAAGAAUUUUUUUCUCAGGUCUUUGAGAUUGGACGUCGCUAUAAAAUCAUGAAUCCUGAACGUAUGCGCAACAAUUACGGAAAAAUGAUUCACUUACUGCAGGACGCUAACUUGCGUGAAAUUAGAAAUUACUUGGGCUUUUCGUGUGUAGCACCUAUCAAGACAGUGGCAUCGCUGCUCAAGGAACGUCAUGCCUUGGAGAUGCUCCGUGAUACUCGAUGCGAAGUUGCGACAUCUGUAGCUGGGGCGUAUCCUGAUUUACUAAAAGAUUCAGAAUCCUUACAGCGCAUUGCGCGUGACAAACAACAAGCCAUUGAGGAGCUCGUGCGUGACUACUCGUCGGCGUCAUUGACGGAAGAAGAGAUUCGGUUAUGCCUCGCUUCCAUAUCUGACAGCCAAAGCUAUUUGGCAUCAAAUCGAUCACCAAUCACGUGCAUGAUUAAUCUCCUAGAGACGUUUUUUAAUCCUGAAAAGGUAGAACCAGGGCUCAGUCUUGAAAUUCGGGCUGGAAAGAAUGGCGCAAGGCUUAGUCACAGCCAUAUGAGUCAGUAUGAAUAUGUGCUACAGUCUCUGUUGCUAUGGAAGAACAUCACAACGUCAAUGCUGCGUCUUUGGUGGGUUGUAGAAAAUGAUCUGCUGGGUGGCUGCAUGUACCGUCUUCGUGAUACUGGGCAAGGACUUAAUCGCAUGCAGCAAGCACCCGAGACGUCGCGAUUGGUGCACUCAGUUUUACAUCAGACCCAAAAGAUGCGUCCUCGAUGGGUUGGUUCCUCGGUGGUACACCUUGGUGACCACAAUGUGCCUAAUGCACUCAUGUUUAUUGACAAAUAUACGCAAAUUUCGCGUAUCUUAAGCCCAAUUGUUAACACAGUGCACGAAAUUCCAGCACUUGCAGAACAGCCAAACACGUCUGCAUACAUUAUAGACAAUUUUGGCGGUGCUGAAUCCCUCCAAAAGCGUAUUUUAUGCGAUUUUUUCAAGCACGGAUUUGACGGCAGCGGUGCUGACAACUUUUUUGAUGCAGGCUCAUGUAUUGAUGGUCGCCUUACGAGUGCUUGGAACUGGUGUUCUCGAAUAGAAAAAAAACCAUUUUUUCACGUUUUCCUCAUGGCUGGCUUCGUUGGCUUUGACGGGCACUUCGAGAAAUAA